AUAUAUAGUGAACUGUAUGGGCCGUUAAUGCUGGUCUUUACCUUAGUAGCUGUUCUUCUAUUUGGAAUGAAAAGCUCAGAAACAAUUGUUCGCGAGGGGACCUUAUUUGGAACGGCGUUUGGAAUAUCUUUUAGCUAUUGGUUUGGAGCAUCCAUAUUUUAUUAUGCUAUUGCUUUUCUUUGCAGCACCAAGAUCUCAUUUAUCGAAAUGCUAUCGUUAACGGGAUAUGCUUUAUUUGGCACAUGCCUGUGUUUGCUAUCGACG